AUGUCCCAACAGCACAGCCACAGUCACAGCCACACACGCCACAGGCGCCGAGUAUCAUCCUACACAACGCUGUUCGCCCUUUUCGCAACUGUAACUCUCGCCCAAGACUCAAAACGCGGCUUUGCAUUCAUAGGCGACACCCACGUCCCGGACAAUCAACUUCUAUCCUCCUCUGGCUCUCCGCUAAAAUGGUACUACAACUGGUCCCCCUACCCAAAUACCAACCUCAUCGCUUCAGACAAGCUGGAAUUCGUCCCUAUGAUCCACGGCAUCGACGCUACCCAGGACUCGCGGACUGAAGCAGUCAUCAAAGACACCCCCCAGUCAAGUACGCAUUUGCUCAGUUUCAACGAACCAGACGGCACCAAGGGCAGUGGCGGGAGUACCAUCAGCGCCAAGGACGCAGCAAAAGCGUACAUAGACUACGUUGUGCCCUUCCAAGAGGGCAAAAAGGGAGGUCGAAAGUGGAAGAUCAGCCACCCCGUCACGACAGGCAGUCCAAUGGGCCUCAACUGGCUGCGCGACUUCAACACCAGCUGCUACGAAAUCGACAGGAAGAACGGGUGUCCGGCAGACUUCGUCGCCGCGCAUUGGUACGGGGCGUUUGAUGGACUGAAAUCCUGGCUCGCUACGCUGGACGAGUUUUACAACACGAAUUCUUCAAGGCAGGUGCCGCUGAAGAUUUGGGUUACGGAGAUGGCGGUGCCGCAGCUGAGUGCGGAGGAGACGACGCAGAUGAUGAAUCAGACGUUGCCUUAUUUGGAUGGACUGCAGUACGUGGAGAGGUAUGCGUGGUUCGGAGCGUUCAGACCGAAGGACGCGAAUAAGUGGACGGGGAACGGCGUUGCGCUUUUCGAUAAUAAGGGCGGGUUGUCGAAGUUGGGGGCUUUGUACUUGGGCAAUGGGUUCAAGGAGGGGCAAAAAGGUGAGGGCCAAGAUACAUGCUGUCCUGAUACCAUCGUCCUACCACCUUUGCUCGUCAACACACCACCCGUAAUGCCCUUCUUCACAAACAAAAACGGAACUCCAGUGGGAUACCCGUUGUCCCACAACAAAAACAAUACAUAA